AUCUCUCCUAUCUGAAGAGUAGCAAAAAAUUCCGGAACUUACAAAAAUUGUAAACAUUAGUUGUUCAUACUGUACAAAAAUGGCUCAAGGGAACAAGAAAUUGAAUUCCAAAGGAUUUACAUUGAAAAAAGAUAAGAACAGAGUCAAGAAACAACAAACUAAAAAAGGAGUGCGCUAUAUUGCUCCAAAGAAACAGAAAAUCCUUGAACAGGCAAAAUUAAAAAAGGGUCUGGAGAAGACGAUCCAAGCAAACAUUGAGCAGGAGAUUACACAGAAGGUCAAGUCCGUCGAGGCAAAAGCCUUCCAUAAUGCCUUUGAGACCCCAUCCUCCAGCAAAGACAAGUCGAAACAACCUGUCAAAGUUAAAACUAAAUAAAGUGUAAAACAUUA